AUGAGGACAUUACUUAACCAGAGAAAGUAUGCUCUGGAGCUUAUUUCUCAAGUUGGCUUGAGUGGAUGUAAACCUGCUAAGACACCUUUGAAACUUAAUAAAAAAUUGACCACUGUUGAUUAUAAUGUUCAUAUAGGAAAGACUAAUGAUUUAGAGCUUGAAGAUGUCACAGACUAUCAACAAUUGAUUGGGAAGCUCUUGGAUCUCACCAUCACUAGGCCAGAAAUUAGCUUCGCAGUUCAGAGGGUGUUACUACAUGCUGGUCCUAUCACCAAUUUGUCUGCAUAUUGUGACUCAGACUGGGCCACCUACCCUAACACAAGGAGGUCAGUCACAGGGUAUGUUGUCAAACUAGGGGAAGCUCUCAUUUCAUGGAAGUCUAAGAGGCAACACACUCUCAGAAGAAGCUCUGCAAAGGUUGAAUACAGGAGCAUGACAGCAGUAGUAGCUUAA